AAAAGUAGAAUUUAAUUUUUAGGCACACAAUCUAUACAAAGUGCUUAAUAUGGAAAUAUUAAAACAUACUAAUUAAGCCAUGGGAUUGCUUCAGAUGUCUUUCUUUCUCUUAAUUGGGAUAUUAUUACCGAUAAGUAGUUCUUCCCUGCCUAAUUAUAAUAUCUCAGUAGUACCAUUUAAUAAAAGCAGUUUUCCAUCAGAUUUCAUCUUUGGAACUGCCUCUGCUGCUUAUCAGUAUGAAGGAGCAGCAAAUGAAGAUGGUAAAGGUCCAAGUAUCUGGGAUACCUUUACCCACAAUCAUCCUGAAAGGAUAGCUGACCAUAGCAACGGUGAUGUAGCUAUUGACUUUUACCAUCGUUACAAGGAUGAUAUAAAGCUAAUGAAAUUUGAAGGAUUGAAUGGUUUCAGAUUUUCAAUCUCUUGGUCAAGAGUUUUACCAUAUGGGAAGCUUUGUAAAGGGGUAAACAAAGAGGGCAUUGCCUUCUAUAAUAAUCUUAUCAAUGAGCUCCUAGCUAAAGGUAUACAACCUAUGAUUACCCUAUUCCAUUGGGAUCUACCCCAAGUCCUUGAAGAUGAGUAUCUUGGCUUUCUAAACCCUCAAAUUAUCUAUGAUUUUCGAGAUUAUGCAGAGUUGUGCUUCAAAGAAUUUGGUGAUAGAGUAAAACUUUGGACCACAAUAAAUGAACCAAGUGGCUAUGCAUUUACUGGUUAUGACAUUGGCAUUUUCCCUCCUAUGAGAUGUUCUCCUUGGAGGAACAUUGGUUGUCUUGCUGGCAAUUCUUCUACAGAGCCUUACAUAGUUGCCCAUCAUUUGCUUCUUGCUCAUGCACAAACAGUCAGGUUAUACAGAGAGAAAUAUAAGGCAUUACAGAAAGGGGAGAUAGGAAUGGUACUAGUGGCUAGUUGGCUCGAGCCCUAUUCCAAGACGAAGGAAGAUAUAGAUGCUGCUCAACGAGCCAUUGACUUCUCCCUUGGAUGGUUUAUGCAUCCAUUAACCUAUGGUGAUUAUCCAGAAAUUAUGUGCAAACUCGUAGGAAAUCGUUUACCAAAAUUCACAAUAGAGCAAGCUGAGAUGGUGAAGGGUUCCUCUGAUUUCGUGGGACUAAAUUACUAUACAACAAUGUACACAGCAAAUAUUGUUACUCCAAGUAAAGAAAACAUUAGCUAUGUAUCAGAUAUUCAAGUAAAUCAAACAGUGGAAAGAAAUGGAAAGCUCAUUGGUGAACCGACAGGGUUGGCAGCUUUCUAUGUUGUCCCAAGAGGACUUUCAGAAGUUCUUGUCUAUACAAAAGAAAAGUAUAAUAAUCCAAAAAUUUACAUUACAGAAAACGGUAUGAGUGAUGCAAAUGUAACAAUGGUUGAGAAAGGAGUCAAUGACUCCCAGAGGGUGGAUUUCUUAUGUUGCCAUCUCUUGGCCCUUAAUGCAGCCCUUAAGAAAGGCGUGGACGUUAAGGGCUACUUUGCAUGGUCAUUUUUGGAUGAUUUCGAAUGGACUUCAGGAUACACACAAAGAUUUGGUCUUAAUUAUGUUGAUUAUGAGGAUAAUCUAAAGAGAUAUCCCAAACAUUCUGCUCUUUGGCUGAAGAAAUUUCUUCUUAAUUAAACAGAGAAUUUUGAUGGCUAAUUAAUUAAGUAAAGGACUAUAAUUACAACGAAGAAGGACACUUACUUAGCGAAUUGAUGUACCCGUAUUUUUGAAUUAAUGUACCAUUAAAACUCAAACG